GCGAAUCCUAACCUACAAGCCACAGGACAUUGAAGGCCAACUGAGUACCACUCAUCUCAUAUUUAGAUUGGCACACAAAGGGACAUCUGGUGGACACGAUUGAAUAACUUGUACCUGCUAAUCGAAUUGGAAUCAAGUUCAGCGUGGAUUAUUUUUUACGAUGGAGUCCUUUUUCGGUGUGGAAGUCAUGGUGGGGAAGCCGCUGAAGCCAAAAAUUCCCGACGAUCGCGUGCUGCACGUUUCUCAGAUAGCCCUUCCCGCCGGUGCCCGUGACGCCGUGACCUUCCGCGUUGUGUUGGACCGCAAGUCCUUCACCGUCGCCACCCUCGACCCGAAACGGGGCGUCUACUUCACGCGCUUAGACUUCGUGUUCAGUCCAACCCAAAAGGUUUUAUUUGCUGCGGACGGGCCACUAGACAGUAGCAGCGUGCACGUCACGGGUUUCACUCAACUCAGUGAGGAUAUUGAGGAGGAUGAAGAAGAUUUAGUAGAUGAGUCUGAUGAGGUUCCAAAGGCCAAGAGUCUGAUCUAUGGGAAAAAGGACACAACGGAGGAAGAAAAGCAAUUGAAAGCUGUUACUAGUGAUGAUGGGAAGUCGAAUAGGAAGCGCAAGCGUCACUAGGCCCGCGUGUUGGAAAAACUGGUGAUCGUACAUGGCCCUUUAAAUGCGAUGAAAUCCAUUUGGUGUGAUACGAAUAAUAAAGAAUGUGAUCGUCUUUUUAAAA